AUGCCUGAACAAGAACAGGAUGAACAACAGCGACGGCAGCAGAGUGACCGGGGGCAGAUGCUCCUCUUGGUGCUCAUCUUUUAUCUCACAUUCUUCUCUGAGAGCGAUGCACCAGCACUGAUGUCAACACCAUAUCUCACCGCCUCAGAAAGGCUUGGCCGCCAGAGGGCUGCUCACGGCAUUCUCAACAGCACCAACUGGGGCGACUUUUCUCCCCACGCACACAAGGAAGGGGCGCCGCCAUGGCAAGAGCCCAAGUAUCUCAAUCUCACCGGGUUUCGGGAAAAUGACGGUCUCGCGUGGGAGGAUCUUGAUUAUUUCAAGGAUCGGUGUCGUCAGUGGAGCAAACAUGCCUACCCACCGCAGGAAGGAGGGAACGAGUGGGCUCAUGGUUCGGCAAAGAGGACAUGGCAGAAUGCGACGGGCACUGUCCAGGGGAAGUGGAUCCGUCGUCAAGGGUCGGCUGCGAAGUACAGAGAUAACUUCAACCUCACUGCCGUUGCUCCUGGGGUCAAUUGGAUGGGGGACGAUGUCGACUGGGGCUGGAAUGUCACUGGGUCUCACGGCACUGUUGUCCUACGCCUUGAGGAGGAUGACACACCAGAUAGCUGGUAUCGGGAGACUCCAAAAGAUGAGAAAGAGAGCCAUACGGCGGGUGUUGCGAGGGAGAUCUCGGCUGUGGCAACUUUUCAGGAGGAAGAGACCUCUGCUGCCAGUUUCGUUAUGCAACUUUACGGCGUUCACUGGCCAUUGCAAGGGUCGAUGAUUCUGACUACAACUAGUGAGAAAUUCGCGGGCAUCUUUGGCUUGCCUCACCUCACGCCUCACGCCAAGUUUUUCGAGACGAGUCAACGUCUGUUGAACCACACUGUCGAUGAAACGCUGCGAGAGAGAGAACGUAGCAGGCUUCCAGAUAUAUCCAACCCAUGGAAUCCGGUCAUUGAAGGGGACUUUGGUGGCACACUACCCCGUUGUGAAUACAUUUUGUAUCUGCAACUGCAUGCCUUGGACCAUCACUAUACACAUCACAAGGGAUUCAUGGAUUCGUCGCAUUCCAUUAUCGACGAUCUGGAGCGGGAGCUUCGCUAUCCUACUGGUGCUCGAAACACGAAGCUACCUGAGCUGCAAAUGUCCCUCGUCGCCUGGUCGCCUGACUGCUCAUAUUAUCUCGAGUCUAAGGGACCUCCCCUAUUCCCACCCGCAGAUGGCCAGCAUCUUGUUGGUGUCAAGGAGGAGGUGCUUCUUUCUCGGGUGAACUACUCAUUGCUAGUUUUCGCGUUUGUAUACGCAGUACAAGUCAUACUCUUGAAAGGGCAGAUCAAAGAAUCCCCCACGCCCUCUACGCUCAAUCGGUUGAGCUUUUGGAGCAUGUCAAUGAUGUUGCUGGCAGAUGGCCUGGUUUUCUCAGCUUCAUCUGCUUGGUCUGUCAGUGCCUCUGACGGGUUUCACUCUGCCUUGCUGUUAACAUUUGUCUCGUUCAUGUCAUCGGCUAUCGGAGCUGGACUCUUGGCCAGCAUCCGUGGCAGUGAACCAGAGAGGAGAGCUCGCGAUACUCCUCCAGCCACCAACACGGGUACUACGAACACAACCACUACCACCCCAGCACCACCUCCUGCUCCGGCAGUCCCACAGACCUCAGACACUCUGCCCUCGCCAGUAACAGCUGGACCUCCCAGGGCACCCUCUCUCCCGAUCAUUGUCCCCUCAGACCAAGACAUCGACGCCGAGAUUGCAGAAAACGUCGCAGUCGGCGCAGGCGCCGUCCCAGGCCUAGGCACCACCACCACAGCCCCAGCAACGACAACCACACUAACCAACCGCCCCCAAACAGCCCAAUUCGCCCCCGUGAUCUUCUACUUCUUCCUCCUCAUCCUCGCCAUCAUGGUCCUAACAAUCCUCUCCCUCUCCUGGCCCCCCCGCGCCCGCUCAAUCUACAUCAACACCAUCUCCUUCCUCUACUUCUCCCUCUGGCUCCCCCAAAUCUGGCGAAACGCCCGCCGCAACAGCCGCCGCAGCUUCUCCUGGAACUUUCUUACAGGCCAAUCCCUCUGCCGCCUCGCCCCGUUUGCGUACUUUUAUCUCUACGACAAAAAUUUCUUGUUCGUCUCGACCGAUUAUGCAACCUUCUCCAUCCUCGUCGCCUGGGUGUGGGCCCAGCUCCUGACGCUGAUCCUGCAAAACUUUUGGGAGCCCCGGCUGGGCAUCCCGUUUCCGAGAGGUUGGAUGCCAGAAGUGUGGGACUACCACCGCAUCCUGAGGCAGGAUGACAUCGAGAGCGGGGUUGUCGUCGGUCUUGAAUUUCUCGAGUCUGCUUCGUCGUCGUCGACCGCCGAAGGCCAUGGCCACGACCACAGGGGGGAGCUGAGGGAGAGGGCAAAGGAGCUGAGGCAGAGGGGCAUGACGCUGAGGAAUGUGGACUGCGCCAUCUGCAGGGAGGAGAUGCUGGUGCCGGUCGUGAUGACGGGCAAGCCGGACCCGUCGUGGAGCAUGGCUGACAUGCUGGAGAGGAAGUCUUACAUGAUCACGCCCUGCCGGCACAUGUUUCACACAAAGUGCUUGGAGCAGUGGUUUAGGAAGCGGCUGGUUUGUCCCAUAUGCAGGGAGGAUUUGCAGCCGCUUUGA